AUGAUACCAGUCGACCAAGGUACUGCCAAGCUAGAGGUCCAAGCAGCAGACAGCCAGUCACCGACCCUGGAGCCAAGGGAGACGACGACGACGUCAACCGCCGCACCGACUCGGACGGUCCUGAAAACGUUCGAGAUCGCCCCUCCAGUCUUGAUGCCAGUUGGCCCUGCCGACAGUGAUGGCUCAACUCGCGAUGGCAAGGAUUACUCACCAGAGCUGUGUACCGUCUUGUUGAUGCGCCAUGACUUUGCCUGGAGCUACGGCGCUCCGUACAUCGGCAAUUACACGCCACCUAGCUGUGAAUUCAACCGAGUGGUCCUCAACUUCAGCGCCGUGAGCCAUGGUCGGCAGUAUGACCGCCUUGCAAUCAUGUAUUUUGGCGACACAGAGGUUUGGCGGACCUCAACGGCGCAACCCACGGCUCCUCCUGGGAUCAGCUGGAUUUAUCUAAAGGACAUGACCGAGUACAUGUACUUCUGGAAAUCCCCCCAGAAGAUUAUAUUCGAUCUGGGCAACUUGAUCAAUGAGAAGUAUACUGGUAUCUUCAACACCACCAUGACAGCCAUCUUCUACAAGACCGACCUGAAAACCGAUCAGGAUGCCCCAAGUGAUCUGAUUAUUCCAAUCUCUGCGCGCCAGGGAGCAAACAACGGGGUCAGUCAGUUUACCCUGCCUGCCCAGAACGCAACAAACACCAUCGAUAUACCACGCAACGUUCGCCGCGCCGUGUUCUCUAUCUCGGCGAACGGGCAGGCGAGCGAGGAGUUCUGGUGGAGUAAUGUCUUGCAAAGCGACGUCCUCACCUUCAAGGCAACCGCGGGCCCCUUACCAGGGUACAGCCCGUUCCGCGAGGUGCAGCUACUCAUCGAUGGCCAACUUGCUGGGGUACAAUGGCCCUUCCCGGUCAUAUUCACCGGCGGAGUCGUCCCUUCGCUACACCGCCCCAUCGUCGGUAUCAAUGCUUUCGACCUCAAAGAGCAAGAAAUCGACAUUACGCCCUUCCUUCCCUUGCUUUGCGACGGCGCCCAGCAUACAUUCACCAUCCGCAUCGCCGGAUUAGAUGACGACCCCGCCAACAGCUCUUCUGUGGCCUUAACUGAGUCGGUGGGUGACAGCUGGUACGUGACGGGCAAGAUCUUCCUCUGGCUCGACGAGGACAACUCCUCCAUCACCACGGGCGAGCCGCCUGCAAUCGCCUUGUCGCCGCCCACCAUCGCCAUCACACGCGCAUUCACCAGCAACGGCACCGCCAACGAAACCCUGACUUAUACCACGUCCGUCCAUCGUUCUCUUGAGAUCAUCUCCAACCGAGUCAAAACCCAGCACUCCUCCGCCCCGGCCUCCUGGUCCCAGUCACUCUCAUACAAAAACUACGGCCACCUGACCGCCUUCGGCUACACGCAACUCAACGAUCUGGUCAUCAGCGGCGACGACCGUGCCUCCUCCCCAACCCACAAGGGACUACCAUACCGGGCAACCUACCGCUACCCGCUGUUCGCCAACCAGACGUAUUCCAUUUCCUCGCAGGGCAACCUCAGCAUCUCGGCGCGGGUGGUGCAGGGGAAGGAGGUCAGCGUGUCCGGGCCCAGCGUGUUCCCCUCGGGCUUGGAGGCUUUUGGCUCACGCAAGGGCGCUAAGGGCCGCGUGGCGCGUAUGGAUACCUCCAAAGCGGGCACCGCCGAGUUCAGGCAGACGGGGGAUGGGAUGCAGAGUACCGGGUGGGGAGAGGCCGGCCAGGUCCUGUGGUUUGGCGUGGCUGAGCCGGGCAAGCAGGAGGAGCUGUACUUUAGAAACGCGUCGGCUGUUAAUGGGUCUGUUGUGUACGACCAUCGCCGGAUGGGCGGGGUCGUGGUUGGUGAGGGUCAAGGGGAGAAGGGGCACAUGGUGGUAGAUGGCGAUGCUGGUGCCAGGACGUUGUUCGCGCAGGUGGGGCCUGGGUUGGGGUCGGGUCGGAGGGGUGAGACCGAUUGA